ACUACAUGUCUGGAGCAGGCAAAUUCACAGAGACAGAACAGCUGCGAGGGUGCCUGGGGCUGGCGUGGUGACAUCAUGGGUAUGGGAUUUCUUUUUGACCCAUGGGUACCUUCUGUGAUUAGGUCAUGGUGAUGGUGGCAUAGUGUAGUGAAUAUACUAAAACUCACUGAAUUGUACGCUUUAAAGCAGACUCUUAAUUUUUUGAAAAGGCAACCUUAGGGUCAGCUCUAGGGGAGUCCUCAAGUCCUGGACUGCAUGGUCCAGGUUUUACGGUGGGCAGCAGGGAGCCACUGAAGUUUCUAAGGAGGAUAGUGGCCCAGCUGGGCUCGUGUGAUCUGCAAAGCGCUCAGUGUAGCAGACAUGCUGAUAAAUCCCGGCUCUCUUUCCGCUCCCUCUGUCACCCUCCCUCCGGGGCACAGGACUAUCGUUCCUUCCUGUUUAGGUCCCAGUGAAACCAGGUCUGCCAAAGUCCAGCCACUCUCGCUAUGAUCUCCCCCUCCCAGGAUUCCCCUGGCUAUCUGCUGGGGUGCCUAGACCCUCGGGGAGGGGCAGGCUCCUCUUAGAGCCACCACACCACCCGCCUCCUUUCUGUCUUUUUUCUCCUCCUCGUCAGCUUCCUUUCCCUCCUCCUACAGCACCUUGCUCUCCUCUUCCUUUUCUUCCUUUUUUUUCUUUCCCUUCUUUUAAAUCUAAGAUCUUGGUUUUCUCAGGUCCCACUCGGGUCCCCGCUUUGCCCGCCAGUGUCACACAGUGCCACGUGAGUGCUCUGGUGCCCGCUUCUUCCUUCACCAGCCCCACCACCAGGAGCACAGAAAAGCGGAGUGAGGCUGUCCGGGGCUCCAGCCUGGGUCCCUGUCCUGCCAGUCAGGGACAGCCGCUAGUGUGCGCCUGUGGAAAGCGCAGAAAGGCCAACUCCUGGGAGGCUCUGGAGGGCCACAGGUGGCUCACUAAGGGAUGAGAGUCCGGUGCCUGGUGCACCAGCUGUGCCCAUGAAAUGCCAGCUGCAGCAUCUGGGAGCUUAUGGAGUUAGGGGACAGCACGUAGCAAAAGCUUCAGUCUUCAUUAGGAAGUGAUUUCAUCCCUGGAAUCUCAAAUAUUUUAAGGACACCCUAAAAGCUUUGACACGGAGACCUGCUAAAGGCGCACAUCCUUUCCCAACAGGAGAGAGCUGUUUCCAAGAAGCAGUUGGAAGUGCCACUAUCAAUGGGACAGGGACUCUGGGGAUUUUGAGGUCAGCAGCUCAAUGCGACUCUUGCCGCGGUCGGGGUGGGGACUUCCCACGAAGCCCCACCCCGCCUGAGUCACAGCCCCAGGGCUGACCUGCAGCGCUCACUCGGGCUCAGAGCUCGCUGUGAGCAGCAGCAGAAAGCUCUCUGCGGCUCUGAGAUUGCAAGGGUGACGUUUCUGAGGCCGCGCGUGUGGUUGCCGUUCUCCUGGGAUCCUCUGUGGUAGUGUCCGAGCCAUGCAAGGUCUGGUCAUGGGAAGUGGCUUCCGCGGCACGGUGGUGGCUGUGCUGUUGCUCGCCAAUUUCGAGAGGACAAGUUGCAUGCUGGAUUCCUGUGGCAAAUGUCCUGCUGGUACUUUCUGUGCAAAAAAUAAGGAUCAGCCCUGUACUCCUUGCCCCGUAAAUAGUUACUCCAGCACAGGCGGACAAACAGCGUGUAACAUCUGCAGAAAAUGCGAAGGUCCCUUCAGGAUGAAGAAGCCGUGCUCCCCGACCAGCAAUGCCGAGUGCGAGUGUCCCCCAGGGUACAGCUGCUUGGGGCCAGACUGCGCCAGGUGUCACCCACAUUGUGAGCCAGGCCAAGAAUUCACAGAAGAGGGUUGUAAAGACUGUUAUUUUGGGACAUUUAAUGAUAAGAAAGGUGGCAUCUGUCGACCCUGGACAAAGUGCUCUUCGAAUGGAGAGACGGAACUUGCGAAUGGGACAAAGGAGAGGGACGUGGUCUGUGGACCAAUUCCAGGUGCCUUCCCGCCAGGACCCUCUCCGCAGUUCUUCACCGUCCUUCUGGUGCUGUCAGCUCUGGCUGUGUUCCUGCUGAUCUUCUGCUUGUGCCAGUGCUGUGUCAUCAAAUGGAGCAGGAAGAAGUUCGUGUACAUGUUCAAACAACCGUUUAUGAAACCAGUACAAACGGCCCAAAUGGAGGAUGCCUGCAGUUGCCGAUUUCCACAAGAAGAAGAGGGGGAGUGUGAACUGUGAGCAGAGGCGUUGGCGCUCUCUUUACAGGAAAUGGGAAUUGGAGGAUCCCACGCUCCUGUCCCUCUGAGAUGUGAAACACCGUUAUCUCCAGCAAUGCUUUCGAAUGCUAAUGAACUGGCCUUUUAAAAGGCCCACUUCUAGCUGGGUGUGGUGGCGCACGCCUGUAAUCCCAGCACUUGGGAGGCUGAGACAGGAGGACUCCAGUGAGUUUGAGGCCAGCCUAAAUUAUAUAGCAAGACCUUAUCUCAAAACAACAACAACAACAACAACCACUUUACCGCUUUGAACAGAGCUGGCAGUGAGAGAAUGUUUUCUAGACGUGACUUAAUAGGUUUGGACAUUUUCUUUGAAACCCAAAGAAAAUGAUGGUGCCAAUUCAGUCAUGUUGGCCAAGGGUCUAGCUGAAGUCAUCACCAUCAACGCAGGUGUGUGUGUGUGUGUGUGUUAAUGUGACAUAUGACAGCAAGCGUCAAGAUGCAGUGUACUUUCCACUGGGUCUGUCAUGUAGCACAACGACCUUUAGCACAACGACCUUCUCCACUGUCAGGAGGAAAAUGAUGACGUCCCAAGUUUGGGUCAAGAACAAGACAUCUCAGACCCUGAGAAAGCAUUUCAGAAAGAAGGCGGGUAUCUUUGCCAAGCUCCUGGUCCUCUCCAUCCCCACCCCGUCUGCCUCUGUCCUUCCGACCCACGUCAUGUGGAUGAGUGGGAGACCCAUGAACAGUAUCAAGCAGUCAGAACAUUAGUACCGUAGCCUCCUCGCAGCCCAACCAAAGUGUGAGAGCCGGGCCACCAAACUCCCGUGGCCAAGUCCAACCACCAUUGGCCUCGUGUGGCUCAGUAGUCUUUGCUUUUUUCUUCUAUGUGUGUGUUUUUGAGACAGGGUCUCACUAUGCAGUUCAGGCUGGCCUUGAACUCAC